AUGGCAGAUAACACAACUUCUAGCUGCGAUUUUGAACUGCUCCAAGGGAUUCACAUCGAGGCACUUGUUUUUGCCUACUGCAUCAUUGUAUCGGUAGAAAGUAUUCUAGUUGUUGUGGUAGUCUACCGUACCAAAGCCUUGCACACAAACAGCGACAUUAUUGUUGCCUGCUUAUCCCUGACAGACAUCCUACUGUGUUGUUCAUUUACAGCUCACGGAAUCAAAGCUCUUGCAGGUUCUAUCUUCACCAAAUUCCAAAAGAACCUCUUCGUUAUUUUUCUGUUUGGCGAUUGCUACGGAGGCGUCCUGAUCUCCGUCACGCAUCUAGGUCUGGCAGCGAUUGAUCGAUACAUUCAAAUUGCGCAUCCAUUUUACUACAUGAAGUUUGUGACGAAGAGGCGUAUCUUCCGGAUUCUUCUGGUCAUUUGGUUAAUAGGUUUUGUUUACACGAUGUUCCCUUUGGCAGUAUACACCAGUGACACCUAUAGUGAAAAAUGUAUUUUAAUACACCCACCUUGGGAAUAUUUCUGCUUACUUUUCAUAGUAUAUCUGGCAAAUGUUAUCGCUGUGUUUGUCAGUUACCUGAAGAUUGCCCAUUUGGCCUUUAAACAUAAUAAAUCUGCCAAUAUUCGACGGUUACACAAUGAAGACAAGGCAAGCGAUGUCAUAUUCUUGCAAAACCGAAAGGCGGCUCUGAGAAGUCUCAAAUUCUUUAUCGUUAUGUUUGGCGCCUUUAUGUUAUUUACUUCACCGUCUAUUGUAAUAACAUUUGUAAAUAAGUUCCAUGAUCUGCCUUCUUUUGUGUAUUUGAUCACUGUGAUAACACUUAUGCUCAACUCGUUCACAAACUGUCUAAUUUAUGCUUUUUUGAGAAAGGAAUUUCUGAAAGCUUUAGUGGAGACUUUCAAAAAUGUAAGAAAGAAUCUCUGUAUUAAACUUUAA